CCAUCCGAACGAAGCACUGCUCGUGCCCGGUUCGCGACCAUAUCGGAACUCGGCGUGACAAGUCGUGGAAAACGAUGGUUCGGCAGCGUAAUGGAAUUCGGCCGACCAGUCCACCAGCUGUCGGAAUUUCGCACAAACAAGCAGGAAAAACAUCUGACGAGAUGAUGCGGACCCUCAUCUCACCAGAGUCAGCCACGCGUUAGUUAGUUCAUGAUCGUUCGGUUCGACGGAUGGGCCACGACCACAUUUGCGUCCCGAUUACCGUGCGGGAUUUCAUUUUUUCGCGUGAUCGCGUAUCGUAGUGUGUACUGACGGACCGAAGUGUAGCGGAAGGAAUUCACCCGGAAGUUUGCUGGAAGUGAACAGAAAGUGAAGCACAAGAUGUCUCGCACUAUCUUACUAAUUCCAUACGUCGUAUUAAAUAUGCAGUAAGCAUUGAAUUGAUAUCUAAAAGGUCGAUACUGAUCUUGAAGUGAGUUAGGUAAAAAAGUGAUAAAGGAAACAUACACAGUGUGUCAGUGCAUUUCUCUAAAAUGAAGAUAAUUUGCCUAUCGCGAAUUGAUCUAGUUUAACAGUUGAGUAGAAUAAGAUCACUUUCGUCCACCACACUAUUCGACGCGUGUUCCAGUGAAGUGUCAGUGGCGACGUAUUUUCGACACCUUUGUCACCCCACGGUAUAGAGCGCCGGGAUUCUGUCGCACGUUGCGGUUUUACACCGACCCUACCGUUGGAGGAUGCGCACAGUGGUGUUGAAUAAUUUAUGCAAUUACAGUUCCCAUCAGGUGCAGUUGCAGCAUCUUACCUGCACCGACCAGCACGCUUCACUCAUUCGACAGCCGUACCGUACGAUCGUUGCGUGCAUGUUCUAAAGCACUAAGAGCGAGUCGGAACGCUACGACACACCGAACGGAUAUUUUAUGCAAUCAGAACCAAAACAAUGGGUCCUUGGUCUUUUGGAGCAUUUCGAAAUGUGCUAGCAACUGCUCUUUGGGAUUGCGUUCGAUGUUCUCAUUCAACAACUCAAGUCAAUUAAGAUAAAUAAUUCAAACCACAAAAGCCACCACCAUUAUGCAUCACGGUCACCAUAAAUUAAUGAAGCACAAACAUCAAGUAUGAAAUACAUUCCAAAUUUAGUAGCAUUGUAUGUAGUCCGAUAAACGAUCAGCUAUCACCAUAUAUUCAACGUUGCCAAAGUUUACCGAUACUGCUCAUUCACCAUUCAAACCAACAACGGCAACAAACUCUCAAGGUGGCCAAGGAGAUGAGUGCUACCUGGCGUGCGGUAGUAUUCCUAGCGAUACUAUGGCGUUUUUGCUACAAUAGAAGCCUGCUCGUACACUGCUGCCCACUAGAGUGUAUCUGUCUCUCACAAACACAGGUCAUGUGCAACACCGGUGCAUUGCGCGAGAUACCACUGAAAGCGAUCCCGGUCACAGUGGAGCAGCUAUCGCUCACGAAGAACUACUUCCCGAUUAUCAAAAGUGAUGCGUUCGGAGGGCUCCGGGCAUUGCGAAAGCUGUCGCUCGAUGGGAACAACAUUACCACCAUCAAACCGUUCGCCUUUCGCGGACUGCCCCGACUGCGGGACCUUUCGAUCCAGCAUACGCCGCUCGCUACGGUUGCCUCGUUUGCCUUCGCCGGGUUGCAGAACGUGUCGCAGAUACAGCUAUCGCACAACAAGAUCCUGCGCAUCGAGGGUUAUGCGUUUGCCGGUGCCGUUAACAUUAGACAGAUCCAUCUGGCGGAUAACCCAACCGUAACGAUCGAAACGAAUGCAUUCUCUAGCCUUAGCAAUGUUGAUCGACUCAUCCUGCCGUCCGGGAUACGAUCGAUUGAACCGGACGCGUUCUACGGGCUUGAAACGGUCGGUUACCUGAAGCUCUCCUUUAUGGACCUAGCGGCCCUAGUGCCAUACACGUUCCGGGGUCUAACACACGUCAAGCUACUGUCACUGCAAGAAUCCGACCUGGGCAUCAUACGGGCCGCAGCCUUCGAUGGACUAGUGCACGUCGAGCUGCUCAACAUACUCAACAACAAGAUCGAUGCAAUCCAGGAGCUCAACAUAACCGCGGCGAACCGGAUACGGGUGCUACGAAUACAGGGUAACCAUCUGCUCGAAACACCCGAAAGUGGCGCGAUCGUGCUGGAAGGUAUCGAGACGCUGCAUGUAAAUAGCAACUACUUCCCCUGCGGAUGUCACAUCCACACGCUACUAGAUAGUCCGCUAGCGAACGGUAGCUACACGUCGCACGGUGGUGCACCGGGUGACUUCCUGUCGAAGAACUACUGCAUCUCGCCGCUCGAGGUAAACGGGCUGCCGAUGAGCUCGAUCGAUCUCUACUCGAUCGGACGCUGCCUGGAGCAGGUGACGCGCGAAAACCUCGACGCAUCGAACUCGGCCACACCGAGCGUAUGGCGAGGGAAUUCUUGGCACUGGUGGCAACAGUGGAGCAGUGAGGAAGACUCACGCACCCACGAGAAGACGCUCGUGUCGGCCGUAUCGUCGGCGGUACGAUUCCUCACAGCAUCCCCGUUGGCGUCGAUCCUGUUUGUUGGAUGCUUUCAAACGUUUAGUAUCAAAAUCAGUUGAAUGUAACCACAUGCCGUGUAGAUCCGUAUAGAGAGAGAGAGAGAAAGUUGCUAUUGUUUUGUUUUAAAUUCUUGUUCAUUUCAUUUAUGUGUUUUUUUUUUGCUUUCGGAAAGAUGCUUUCAUGGAUAGCUGUCAAAGUGUAUCAAAUACGUCUAGAAUAAAUAAUUACAAACCUAUACCAGCUCUGUCUUAUUCGCUCAUAAAUCUGCACGAACCCGCUGCAAACGAUGAAAACACUGACCAUGCAGAACUUUACCGCUGCAUACCGCAAAUUGAAUGAUUACAAGCAAAACUUUUAAUAUCAUGAUUCAGAUAAAAAAGAAUCCUAUACCAUCGAGGCGAUGUAACAUUUUCCCCCACACAGCGUAACUCUUUGCCUUUACCGUCCCUUUAAACUUUCCAAUUAAAACGGACGGCUACCACAGAGACAACGCAUAACCAACCUUUGUGGUUACUUUUUUGUGCUAAAAUUUUAUUACGUGGUUUUCCCCGUGUCAAACCUUAUUUGAACCAUUUUCACAAACAAGCUAAUGUGUUGGAAACGAAAAAGAAAACCAAGCACAAACCCAAACACUUCAUCACAAUGCGUUCCUUUUUGGUGGUUUUUGUGGUUGACCUUUGUGAGUUGAUAGCUUUCCGAUCGUGAUGAUGCUUCGAUAUCACUAUUACUCAAUAUUGCAUGAUGGAUACUGUCUAAUUUUUAUUGAAUUUAAAUUUUCACCCUGGUAGGAAUACUUCAUUGUAACAGUUUAUCAAAAUCGCCCAGACUGCCACUCAUUCAAGGGUGGAUUGUUCAACGUGAGAGAGAUCGUUUCUUAGCGCUAGCUCCUGAUCACGUUCACUGCGGAAGUGCCGCAACGUUUAAAAACUUUUUCAACUGACCAAAACAAACAAGCCGCUGGCAUGGCGCUCGAAACCUGCUAAAAGCAUCGUCAACAAUAUGAAUAAAUGUGAGAAAGAAAAACAUGAAUUUUCCACGCUCCGAAACAAUGCUCCAAACUAGUAAACUUAGCACACCAAACCGUACUAUCGACAUCAUCAUCAUCAUCAACAUCACACUGCCUGUUCUAGCCAAUAGCCCACAACACCUCGCAACACUUUAGAGCGUUUUUCCAUUUUUUUUGCAACACCAACUGCAAAACUGCAUUAUCAUCAUCAACUGCAACACUGCAUCGACCGUCCAGCGCGGGAUGCACCUUGCUUUCUGACGCUGUGUUAAAACCUCAACUGCAAAAAAAAACAACCAAGCAUUCUGCCGCAGGACGAGGGCUUUUUCGAAAGAUUUUUCCGCUCGUUGAAUAAAUUAGUUUUGCAGCAGUUUUCUUGUGGGGUUUUCCCCCGGUGGUUUCGCGAAUGAUGUGCCGGACUAUUUAAUGUCUUAUUGAGUCUUGCUGGCUAGCAUAUGAGCAUAAUCAAACACUUGAUGAUUACAAAGCUAGGUACGUCAAUGUUUGUUCCGUAGAUCAACUGAAGAAAUUGUGGUACAAAAUAAAACAUCGAACAUUUACAUCAAAUAUGAGCAUAUGAGUCAUGUGCCACCUUUACUUAUGUUCACUUUAUGUAUUAGUUUCAGCUAUGAAAAACACAGUUUGUUUGUAAAAUAGGGGCCAUAUGGUUCUGCGUACCGGGCAAUACGGGCUUUUGUGAAAAAAUGUUAAAAUUUGAAUCAUUUCUGGAUUAUUUUCAAGUUAAACUCAAAUUUGUCGAGCUAGCUGAGGAAACAAUUGAGCAUUCUCGAGCUUUUCCAAGAUGAAAGCGAUUCUUUGCAUAGCUUUUCUUUUAUUAAUGAUGUGCUCGUUGAGAAAGCUUUGUAUAGAAUCAAUUUUAUUUUCUAAAAGCACAAAAUUUCCACAUAUAUCACCCGAUAUUCCUUUUCAAAUUUGGUCCAGCUUCGUCUCCAGCUUUUUCACGUAAACUUUCAAGAAUGACGUUCAAAUUUAUUUCAUUUCUUUAACUAAGAACUUUAUACUGUUUUGGUAGAACAACUUAAAAACCCACAUAUCGUAAUUUUAUUACAAAUUCACGACAAAAUGAUAAGGAACAAUAGGAAACUAACAGAAUAUCUAUCGAUUUUAAUUUCGAUAGAAGCAAAAAGAAAAAAAAUGCCACUCGUGAUCACUGGGGCUUUGAGUAUGCAAGCUGUAACUGUUUUAAAAUGCAACCCAAUUUCCGACUGACCUGACGAACUACCAUUACACUGGUGCAUUACACUCUCGACUAGUAGCUGACAGUUACCGUCAGCGGUGUUCCAUGGUCCAUCCACCAUCUGCCAGCAGUUGAUUCCCUAUUUACAAUUCGCCUUAAUCGUCAUUUCGUCAAUGAAGUUUCUAAUUUGACAUUCAAAACUUUUCGGAACACAAUAUUGCUUUCAGAAAAAAAGGAACUUCCUACCAUCGUCAUACCUCGCUCCACCAGAAUAAAAACUGGUUUUAUUUAUAUGCAUCCUGACUAUUUGUUUUUUCGUUGUGUAUCAGACAGCAUAUCUUUGAGAGCGGAAAAUAGAUUUCUGCAAAGCAUGUUUUCCAUCAGUUGUCAAUUAGCUAAGAUGUAAGGCAUGCGAGAAACGAUUACACCGUGUGCAUGAUGUCACCAUCUUACGUUCGAUGCACAUUCGGCUGCACGAGCGCGGUUUUGGGAACAGCAAAAUGUUUAAUAUUAAUGUAAAACUAGUCGUGAGGGGCGAGAGGUGAGCAUUGCAUUUUAUUCACAUUAAUCCUUCACGUAGGCUUAUCGCGUCUAGCACACUACACAGAGAAACAGAUAGAGAGAGAGAAAGAGAGAGAGAGAGAGAGAGUUAAUUGUAUGCGAUAAAAGCAACGUAGUGCAACAAUUGUCAGAAUAUAAUGUAUGUAAAUAGUAAAACGUAAGCCAUUAGCAGAAACAUAAUUUACAAAAAGCAAAAAAAAAAACAAAAAUCAUGUUUCAGCAGAAGCAUUUCAGCACUUGCGAAUUGUCGAGAUGCAUGUACUAUGUACUAUAAUACGAACGUUACCAAACUAACCGUUGGUUGGCAAUUUUCGAACUGAAUCAUUUUUAUUGUUGUACGGGUUUGUCUUACUGGCUCACCAAUAAAACUGGACAAGGUUCAGAGAUGCACACUGCCAUGGAUGUUUAACAAAAAUAUCGACAAACCUAAAAAUAUCUUGUUUUUAGCAUCCAAUAGCAAAAUAAUUUAAAUUUCGUUAAAGUUUUUGUUGUAAAAAAAUGCUUAAACGUUUAAAAUCAAAAUGUUUAUCUAUAUUGUUAAAAGUUCUAAAUUUCAACUAAUUUAUUAAGAAAUAAUUUAUAAAAGUCAUGUUUAUUUACUUCUGUUAUACUUCUGUUUAAGUCGAUGAAAAGUUGUAAAACGUUAUGAUAAAUAACGCUUCGAACAUCUUAGUUUUGUCACCCACAAGAAAGCUAUUUUUAUUUUCUUUAAAAACCAUGAAAUAAUUUUCGGAGUGAGCUAAAUGAAAAAAACGACACAACAAAUUGAUGCUACUUUUAAACGUACAACAAAACGCAAACAUUCAAUGGUAACUGAAAAUCAAACUAAUAUGAAACAUACUAAGCUCAGAAACUGAUAAUUUUCUUUUCAUUUUAAAAGAAACUCCAGGAAUUGCUCAGACUCGUCAAGUCAUUUCAACAAACUGCAGAUACAGAAUUCCACAACAGACAAAUCGCCCCUCGGUUCUUUCGAUCUCUAUUCUACAGGGAUUGAUUCAAAGUGCUGUUGAACCAAAAUACAUUAUAGCGCUGAGAUUACAAAGAAACGAAAAUUAUAUUAAACCAUACGAGCGGAUCUACAGAAUGGGAUUUCUAUGGCAAUGAAGCGUAUUACUCCUGCACACGAGUCAUGAUGCAUUCAGGAUGUAAACACAUCGACCGGAAGCCCGGAUAUUCAGCUACGAAAAACGAAUGUGAAUGUGAAAACAACACAACAACAAAAAACACAGCAAAAUAAAUUCAAUGAAAUUAAAUGAACCUCACUCAAUGAGCAAACUCAUCCUUUAGCUACGCAAUGGCUCAUUAAUCACGCCAUUAACACUGAUUAAUUUGUUUUUUUUUUUUUUUGUUUUAAAGCUUGUGCUAACAAAACUGAACCGAAAAAGGAACAAAGCAUGAGAAAGCAGACGAUAAAUUGUACUGUAAAUAUUGUGGAAGGAGUUUUUAUUAUUUAUUUUUUCUAUAAGCCCAUGUUUUAUUUGGUCAUCAAAAAAAAGGGAAAUUAAAAUUAAAAAAUCAAAAUUAAACAAUGAACAAUGAAUGCCAUAAUAUGUAUACAUAUUCCUUAUUUCUAUUCCUUAUUCAGUUCAGUGAUUAGAAAACCAUAUAUAAGGAAAAUUUCUUUUUGUUAAGAUUGUAAGUAGGAACACAAUCUUAGUAAAGUGAAUUAAAAAAAAACACUCGUGCAAAAUUCUUCCUAAAAAAAAAACAAAUGUUACGUUAAUAGCAAAGCUUAACGGAAGGGAAAUAAAGAAUAUGCACACAAUGCCACACUAUCACAGAAUAAGCUGGAUUUACUCAAAUGGAAUGAAGCUGUAAAUGUUCGCAAUAGAGAUAAGAGGUACGCAUAUUCACAAACUUACAAAUAAACCAUAUCAGCAAAAAGAAAAACAAAAAACGCUCGAACACAAAUUAUACGAUACGGCAUCAAAGCGGAAGAGCAAAUAAAUAGACAAACAAAAAAUAAAAAAAGGGAAUAAAUAUUGCAAAACAAAACAAAACAACACAUUUGCCAAUGUUUUGCGGCUACUGCGUGCGGACGCACAAGGAAGAAAGGAAUGGAUAAUACGAACAUGGUGAAACAAUUGAAACAUGUGCGAGUUGUUAAUAUUGCACCAAGAAGAAUAAAUCAAUGUAACUUUACCAUGUGGUUGUAGUUAAAUAAAUUAAACGAAAUGUUUUAUAUAAA